UCGUAUCCGUGCAGUCGCCCAAAAUGGGGACAAUCCUCGAGGCUAUACUAAAAGCGACAAAAUACUAUUAUGACACCUCGCUGGACGAACCGAAGGCGAAGGAAAUAGUUGAACGGAUAAAUUUUACCGUUCGAGAUAGAAACGAAGCGGCCAUGCUGAUUGCUUUUCUGAUCGUCGAAAGUGACGGAUUCACCUGGACGGAGAACGACAGUGUGGAAUCAUUCUUUAGUCCCUAUCAUGGGCGUGGCUAUAUCAAGCUUAGAUGUGGAUCUAACUAUAACGAUGCAUCUCGGGAUCUGUACGAAGACGAUCGGUUGCUUAAAACUCCGGAUUUUGUGGCUACCGGUGCAACUUUCCCAGCUGUAACGAGUUGCCUGGACGCUUCAUUGUGGGUUUGGAAAAAAAGAGUGCAGCCACUGCUGGCUCGUUUGCCACUGGUCACUUUUUAUAUGGUCAUGAAAGCACUGAUUGGAGAGGGAGACAAAGAUUCAGUUUCUCUCAAGGAACGGUACGACGUGUACGUCAUAGCGGCUAAACAUCUGGGCUUGACAGUUGGACUGACACCUAUGCAGUAGGAUUUUCAAGGACCUGCUGUUUGCUCUCAAUGGGAACAACAGUUUAAAUGUGAAUUAAACUUGGAUAUCUGUUAGUUAAGUGCGAAAUAAGCGUGAUUUUGCAAUAUCACCAGCGUGAAUUGUUGAAGUUGUUCAAAAUUUACAUCUCCUACGAUUGUAGAAAAGCUCGAAUCAAAAAAUACAUUUUUAAUAAAUUUUUAAGUAAUUGAACAAAUGAAACACAAAGUUAUUUCUAAUUACACGUC